AUGACUGAUCUAGAAGAAAACCUCUUUUAAAAACCUGAGGCUAUUAAAACCUAAUUUUAGGCUCUUUAGGAGAAAGUAUAGAAUAUUGUUGAAGAAUUAAAGGUUUACAAUGACUAGUAAUAAUCUUUAUAGAUUGCAAAUCUAUAAUACAAUGAUUUACAAGGUUCAAGGAAACAAUUCAAAAUAAAGGCAGAUAAAACUAAAGAAUUAAUCACCCAACUCGAUAAAAUAGCGAGAGGAAAUGAAUAAAACAAUAUAGCCAACAAACUCAAAUAAUAAUAUUUGAAAGAAGUCGAUAGACAAAAAAGGAUCAUGAAGAGUUUUGUGAAUUCUUCAUUUGAACAAAAAUUCUCAAAAAUUUCAGUGAUCAGAUAAUCAAAAGCUUAUGGAUAAGAGACUGCGUAAGAAUAAUUGAAAUAUUUUGUUGAUCAAAAUUAUGUGAAAGUUGUUCCUAAAGAUCAGAGAGUAUCCAACAAUGAAAGAAGCAAUUUAUCUCAAGUUCAUGCUGAAGAAGCUACUAGAAUAAAAACAGUUUCAAUCGAUGAAGAUUUUGUAGAAAACGAUAUGAUCGACUUAGAAAAUAUGUUAAUUGAUGAAAGACAACGUGAAUUAGACAUAAUUGAAAGGGAGGCACUGUAAUUAAAUUUAAUUGUCAAUCAAAUGGGCGAGUUAACAGAUCAAUAAGGCCAAGAAUUAGAUUUUGGAUAACAAAAUUUAAAUGAAGCCAAGGCUAAUGUCAUUGGCGUAUCGAAUGAGCUAGUUGGAGCGGAGGAAAACUAAAAACAGUCUAUGCAAAAGUAUAAAUAUGUGAUAGGCGGCCUUAUUGUUGUAAUUAUAGUAUUGAUUAUUGUAUUUAUUGUAAAAUGA